AUGGGUGAAUUUAGCAUGCCUGAAUUGGAGUUUACAACUAGAGCAGAAAACUUAGGCCAGUAUCCUCCAGAGCCGCCUCAUGAUUCUGAUCUAGAUUGGGGCAAGAUAUCUCAAUUUGGAGGUGCAAAUAAGUUAGCCGAUUUGCGCAUCAAGGACAUCACAGUAGCCAACUUUGAUAUCGGCAUUAGGACGUUGAAUCCUAUGCCAUCCCCUCCAAAGUUGCCUUCCGAUGAGAAGGCAGUGGUGCUGCACAAGUUAGCUCUCCCCUGGCUAGGACCACUAGAUAAGAUGUUUGUAGAGACGUCACCAAGGAAGCAGUGCAGAUUAAGGAGGUGGAGAAGAGUAAGGAGGCAAUCGCCUGAGAACCCGCUGCAGCUCAACAUCAAUUUUUUGGUGCUAGCGACGGGCUAUUCGCUAGGCGUAAUAGGGCUGAAGACCGUUGGAGAUUGUAAUAGAAAAAGGGUUUGGGUGAAGGAUUUUGGUUUUUCAGGAAAAGGGCACAAGGCACGCCGAAGGGCUGUUAGGGACAGGAGACAUGCUUCCUUUGCUGAAUCUUACUUGAUAGCAUCCGAUGCAGGUGAUGCUUUCAGUAACCACCGGCAUAGAACAAUGUUGAUGAACUAUGAUGGGGAGAGAAGUGAGGUCCGGCAAAGUGAGGAGGUUCAGUCAGCAUACAAAAGGGACAGUGGCAUUGGUGAGGAAAUGAUAAUAGGUAGUGAAGAGCAAAAUGAUGAAAAUGAAUGGAGCUGGGUGAACCAAGAUAGAAAUGGUGAUCCUCUUGCUGAAUCGGUUUCUUCACUUCAUACAACACAGCAAGUCCUUGAAAAUGAGAUACAAAAAUUAUCAGAACUUGGCAAAGAACUUGAGGCGGAGGAAUCCACUUAUGGUAACAAAGACCAAGAUGUAAUCGUUUUGCCAUAUGCAGAGGCUGAUAUGUUGGAACUGAAUGAGAAGAUGGAACAUCUUGAACAGAAAGUGAAAGAAGCAUCAAACACCAUCAGAGAGAAAGACUUAAGGCUUUCCAAGCUUCAAGUACUCAUCGGUGCUGCAGACAGGGCAACGCUGGAGGAGGAGGCAGCAGCUAGCAUCGACCAGUUGGAGACAGAGCUCGAGCACCAUCUCCAGGAGAAACUAGAAGCCGAAAUCCAGUGUCUGGUGAUGCUGAAAGCGAGGCAGAAUUGGCAGGUCCGGACGGAGGACCGGAUGGCCCUGGAGGAGCACAGGGCGCUGUCUGCCGGUGACAAGACCAGAAUGUUGCUCAAGCUACGAGAGACGGAGAGCAAGAUCGUGAUGCUGAAAGAGCAGGUGGACAAGCUGGAGGUCCGGGAGAAGGAGCUCUACCGGAUGACCGAGGUCCUGAAGAUGCAGAGCAGGACCUUCAAAGUGUCCCUCUUUGGCCUCGUCCAGCUGGUAAUGAUGUGCCUGUCCCUGAAGAUGUUCUUCGCGAGGGUCUCAGCUCCAUUUGACGAGGUUGUGCCGACAUGA